GGCUUCGUCCUCUGGAGCAGCAAUGGGCGACAAAGGAAGAAGCCCUUGCCCCGCAGUUGCUGGACGUCGAGCCCGUGCCGGGCGCKGGAGGCCGGGGUGGGGACAUCCCGCGGUGUCGGUGGGCAUCCGCAGGGUUUCCAAGGAGCCGGCGGCUCCACUGGUCCCCGCGGUCCCGCAGCCGGAGGCGGACAACCUUACGCUGCGAUACCGGUCCCUCCUGUACCAGCUGAACUUUGAUCAGACGCUGAGGAAUGUAGAUAAGGCUGGCACCUGGACUCCCCGGGAGCUGGUGCUGGUGGUCCAGGUGCAUAACCGGCCGGAAUACCUCAGACUGCUACUGGACUCACUUCGGAAAGCCCAGGGCAUUGACAACGCCCUCGUCAUUUUUAGCCAUGACUUCUGGUCGACAGAGAUCAAUAAUUUGAUCGCUGGGGUGGAUUUCUGCCCUGUUCUUCAGGUGUUCUUUCCUUUCAGCAUUCAGUUGUACCCCAACGAGUUUCCGGGGAGUGAUCCUAGAGAUUGCCCUAGAGACCUGCAGAAGAAUGCAGCUUUGAAAUUGGGGKGUAUUAAUGCUGAGUAUCCUGACUCCUUCGGCCAUUACMGAGAGGCCAAAUUCUCCCAAACCAAACAUCAUUGGUGGUGGAAGCUGCAUUUCGUAUGGGAAAGGGUCAAAGUUCUUCKAGAUUAUACUGGCCUUAUACUCUUCCUAGAAGAGGACCACUACUUAGCUCCAGACUUUUACCAUGUCUUCAAAAAAAUGUGGAAAUUGAAGGAGCAAGAGUGCCCYGAKUGUGAUGUUAUCUCACUGGGGACCUAUACUGCCAGUCGUAAUUUCCAUGGCAUUGCUGACAAGGUAGAUGUGAAAACUUGGAAAUCCACAGAGCACAAUAUGGGUUUAGCCUUGACCCGGGAUGCAUAUCAGAAGCUGAUUGAGUGCACAGACACUUUCUGUACCUAUGAUGAUUAUAACUGGGACUGGACUCUUCAAUAUUUGACUGUAUCUUGUCUUCCAAAAUUCUGGAAAGUACUGGUUCCUCAAGCUCCUAGGAUUUUUCAUGCUGGAGACUGUGGAAUGCAUCACAAGAAAACAUGUAGGCCUUCCACCCAGAGUGCCCAAAUUGAGUUACUCUUAAAUAAUAACAAACAGUACAUGUUUCCAGAAACUUUAACUAUCAGUGAAAAGUUUACUGUGGUAGCUAUUUCCCCACCUAGGAAAAAUGGAGGGUGGGGAGAUAUUAGGGACCAUGAACUCUGUAAAAGUUAUAGAAGGCUGCAGUGAAMAAAAAGUCAAUACAAAAGCAAAAGUGACAGUCUUCUAUUUUUGAUAUUUGUCUCAACAGGAUAUACAACUGAAUAAAAGAUUUAGGAACUGG